CGCAGAGUCCGGCGGGGUUUCGGUGCCGUGGCUGGUGAGGGUGACUUCAUUCGUGCUGCCGAGCGAGUGAAUGAUGACGUCGUCAAGUAUGCCCAACUACAGCUACGUAGACAACGUGUUUCGAACCACCAUGGGCUUGGACGAACCGUGGUGUCGGAUGAGCGUUGCCGACGUGGAUUCGGUGCGAUCGUCGCGGUCGCUAUUGCAAGUUGGCCCGAUCUUCUCGGACAUGGCGCAUUGGAAAGAACGCGCGAACGAGUCCAUGCGCGUAGCCAGUCGUCGCACGAUCCAUCUCUUGGAGUCGCUGGAGAUGAACCCCGUUGAACGCAAGGCCACUCAACGAGCGACAUCCGCCACCUUCAUCCAAGAGGUGGACGCCGAACACUUGCCGCUUGACGACCAUGACCGUGACUCGGCCACAGUUCCCGUCGUUUCCCACUCGGGAUGGCUCAUCAAGCAAGCUAAUCGCACCCGAUCGUUCAAGCGCCGUCUCUUCUUCAUCCUUGGGCAAGAGCUGGUGUACCAUAAGUCUCACGAGUCGUCGUACGCCAUUUCUGGCAAAGUGAACCUAUCGUUGGAAGGCACAGCAGUGGCACGAGUGCCCAACUUUGGCUUCAAGUUGCUCCAGGGCUCGUCGACGAUGCUUCUGUACGCGCUGAACGAUGCCGACCGCGACGGAUGGAUUCACAAACUGAACCAGUGCGGGGUGCCCACCAUCAUGGACCCCACAUCUCCGUCCAAGGCCACUGCCUCGUCUUUGUCCACGACGGAAAAGAGGGUGGUGGCAGCUGGUUGGCUGCGAAAGCAAGGACAAGUCUUCAAGUCUGUGAAGCGGCGCUGGUUUGAGCUCACCGGGGCAGGCGGGCUGUCGUAUUACCGGAACCCUGAAUCCACUAAAGCCAAGGGCCUGCUCGAGAUCACAAUGGCGUCUACAGUAACGCGACUCGACAUGCGCAAGACCGGCGAGCGUUUUAGCUUUAGUAUCACAAAGAACGCCUUGGACAAAAAGUCGCGUGUGCUGUUCGUUCACGCUGACAGCGAAGAGGAUCGGUCGAUCUGGAUUGCCGCCGUGUCCAGCGUCAUCUUCGGCGGCGUCGACGACUUGCCGCCAACCACCCUCUCGUCGCCGUUGGUGUCGACGGAUGGAAGUUUUCUGGAACGGUCUCUGAGUGACGAAGUGUCCCCCGUGCACAGCCAAACUGCAACCGACGACGUUGCGCCCGUCAGAGACGACAGCGACUUCCUGAGAGACGUCGCUCGCGAAGCCCAGCUCAUCUUGAUCUCGCCGUACUCACCGGAAGGCACAACCAGCGAGAAUUUUCUCAAGACAGUGCACCGCAAGACGUUGUGCUUGCAGUCCAUUCGGCGGUUCAUGGAGGGCUUGAUGGAGUACAUGGUGACGACGCGGAUGCACUACUUUUGCGCGCUGUGCGGAGACACGGCCGUGGGGACCGAGGAAGGGCUGUUUGACGCGAUUGCGGCCAUCAUUUCCGAGCAAGUCGAGGAGCGCGUGUUCUCGCCGAUCCACAAAGUCGUGUACCAAGUGCUUGUCCCAAAAGCCGAGUCGAGAGCCAUGAAAGAUCGACUCGAGUUGCUACAGGGCCGAAAGCAAGCGUACUUUGGCAUCAACCCGCAGUCGCCGUCCGGGUACGCGGCGGCGGUCGAAGCCAUGACCGCCAUCGAUUGCCAGAGCCUUCCAUCACGCAAGCGCAAGCAAUUAGUUGUCGCGUGCAAAACGAUCUACGCCGUGGCGGCCGCGGAAGGCUUGUACCCGGCAGCGGCCAUGAGCGCCGACGACUUCAUUCCCGCAUUCAUCUACGUCGUUGUCCAGUGCGGCGUCGAGGAUGUCCUCAUGCUCAAAGAACUCCUCGUGGCGUUCCCCCCCGUGUCCGAUACGGGCGAGACAGCGUACUUUGUCACGUGCUUGGAAAUCGCCAUCGAGUACGUCCAGUCCCUUGUGCUCCUCCAAGAGCUCGAACUUGACGGCGACCGCCCCCUCGGUCUCGAGUUUGCCGUGGUCGAGCCGAGCGUGCUGGUGGUGACGGAUGUCGCGCCCAACUCGCAAGCCGCCGUCUGCGGCCACAUUCACACGAACGACGUCCUCAUGACAGUCAACGGCAACUCGGUUCACGACCGAUCGGUCGCGGACCUGGCGAAAGUGCUGCAGGCCGCGCAAGGCCCAGUCGCCCUCGCGUUUGUCAACAUGAAAGACUACAAGAAAGUCAAGGCGUCGCUCGCCACCAAGUCGUAGUUGACCCUACAAAUAAUAUUUAUUGCAGGUUGUCGUUGCAUUUA